AUGGCUAUCCAAUUCCAGAGCUAUAAUCCUACUACGAGAAAGUUCAACUCAGGGCCCCAGUUCCAACCGACUAGCCGGAGCUACGGAAAUCCGGACGAGAGAACAAGCACGGAGGCUGCUAUGAAUGAAAAUCCCGAUCGGGAGAACAGCCAAGGGCCAGCUGCACUCCCCGUGGCAUUACCUCAAUCCCAAGAUCGACCAAGCUCUCCAAGGGUGGAUUCUUCAAUGGCCGCACCUGCUUCUCCAAAUGAUGUUGCUAGGCAGGAUGGGGCAGUCCAAAACAUUGUCCAUCAACAGGUCAUUCAGUCGGACAAGGCCCCGGGGCCCCUACGAGCAAGACAAGAAGACUUGCACGGUGCACCAAACCUCGCAAAAGAUGCCGACCAAGCUACAAGCAGCACUCCACAUCAUGAGGCCCUGGAUCCAGCGUUAAGGGGCGUGGAUGCUGACCAACACAGCCCUGUACCGAUGUCUCUCGCGAACGCUCAGUCCUGGGCCUCCGAGCGUCAUACACUCCAAAGACGUCACUCGGUAUUAUCAUCAAGCCAGUGUGAGGACAAUAAGCACAUUACAAAUACGACUGGCGAAGUCAUGGCAUCCCAAGAUACUGAUAUCUGUGAUGGUGUAUUAGCUACAACAAAGACUACUCCGCCGGAACAAAUCCAACCCGCCACCAAGGUCCCCGACGGUGAGAUAGAAUAUGAGAUCGAUGGGGAGCGAGAACUAGAAGGAAAGGAAUUCAUUGAUGGCGUCCUACAUUAUAUGGUUCCCUGGAAAUCAACCCUUGUUCCAGCUAGUGAUAUGCGGAAUUGCAAAGAGCUGAUUGACAGGUUUGAGGCCAAGUAUGGGACUCAGAUUGCUAAGUUUCGCAUUGUCGAUGUGGUCAACAGGCACAGUAUCUCGAAAGAUGACAUCGUAUACCUCAAUCGACAUGGAUAUUUCGGACGAGCACCGUUCGUCACGUCUAUGCCGGAGUUCGACAUUGUAUUUGAGCCCGGACGGAAGCUGCAGCCAGCCGAGCUAUUCAAAUAUCCGUUUACGGUGGAAGUGGUCGGCGCUGGCUUCGACAAACCUGCGAAUGCUGCGCAUUUUACUCUGCGAUUUCCACGAGUGCUUAAAGUUCAUGAAGACCGCUCGUUCAAGGAUGUCAUUAGCUUUGCGGAGCUGCAGGAGAUAGCCACGAAGUGCCAAGGAACACCUGAUGAUCUACGAAGAGAAGAGGAAAGUUGGCUUCGGAGAUUGCGAACCGGCGGGCAUCUGGGCGGAAGAUCGAGGAAGUCUCGCAGCGGCAGUUUAUCUUCACCCGCCAAUGGUUACGUAAACAAGCAAGGCACGUCGGAUCGGGAUGAGGGAACAACUACUAGAUCCCUGCAUCAAGGUAAUACUUCCUUCCGCUCGCUAAAGCGGAAGAUUUCCCCAGAGGAGGUCUUGGCUGGCAGCUCAAUUCUCAAGCGAGCAAAGCAAGAUUGA